CUUCUCCCUACCUUCGUUUGGUCACACCAAAAGCCCCAAAGCUCCUCCUCCUACCGAGAUCAAAAAGGAGAAAGAAUGUCUACGAAAGAAAGGGAAGAACAAUUAAAGAAAAACCCUAAAAAGCCCUCCUUUCGCUCUGUCUGUUUGCGCUUUUCUCCUCUAAUCUCUUCCAUCUCUGGGGGCUUCUUGGUUUUCCAGGAAGAGAAGAAAUCUCUCCUCGUUUCUUGACCAAUCUUGAAGCCAGCGGUUAUUCGGUCGAUUGCUUAUCAAGAUUAGAGUUGGUGCUGUUCCUAGGACAGAAUUUCAGGCAUCUUACUUGAGUACAGAAUUCUGUCAUACCUAUUAAUGCUUAACUCUGUGUUCAUCUGUGGCGUAUCCUUCCAAAGACCCAGAAAAUUCAUAAAAAAAUAGUGAAUCCUAGCAUUUAUGCCCUUGAGUGACUUCAGAAAGAGACUAUAGUAGGGUGAAUUUCCAUUAAGUAGUUAAUCAUCAACUACUUCUAGUCACAGCUGCCUAAGAGACCUGAACUGGAGUAUCCAUUGAAGUUUGCUUAAACUAUACAAGAGAAUGGUUUCAAAUGGUAAUGGAAAAUCCACGAAUGAAAUCCAGGAAGAAGUAGGAUCAACCAUGCCACCAAAUGGUUAUGGAACCAAGGAUCAGAUACCUCUUUAUAUCCAAACUUCUCAGAUGGGACUUCUGGAUGAGAAUAAGCACCACAAUAAAUUUCUGAAUACAUUAAAAGCUAUUCCUUCUAAAUCCAGAUUUAAAAAAUUUGGGCCUUCCCCUUCAGCCAAAUUCCGGCAGCUUGCAGCAGAACGAGAUGAGAUCUCACGAUCAGUUCAUUCUGCUGAUGAAAGUUCUUCGAGACACUUCCAUGUGCCCUUUGUCCGGAAAGUCAAUUGGACUUAUCUGUGGGGACUGUGUAAGGAAUGGAUCAAAGAACCCAUGAACAUGGCUCUUCUUGUUUGGAUUGCUUGUGUUGCCAUCUCUGGUGCUAUCUUGUUCCUUGUCAUGACUGGCAUGUUAAAUGGUGUUUUAACAAGGAAAUCCGAGCGAGACACUUGGUUUGAAGUUAAUAACCAAAUUCUCAAUGCUCUGUUCACUCUCAUGUGCCUCUACCAACACCCAAAACGAUUCCACCAUCUUGUGCUUUUAUGCAGAUGGGAACCCAAAGACAUUCUAAGGCUUAGAAAGAUAUACUGCAAAAAUGGGACCUACAAGCCUCAUGAAUGGAUGCAUAUGAUGGUCGUGGUGAUUCUCCUCCAUUUGAAUUGCUUUGCUCAGUAUGCUUUAUGUGGGCUUAAUUUAGGAUACCCCCGAUCAAAGCGACCUGCGAUUGGAGUCGGCCUUUGCAUAGCUGUUGCAAUUGUUGCCCCAGCUUUAGCCAGUGUAUAUAAUAUUCUUAGCCCUCUUGGUAGAGAAUACAAGAUUGAAAUGGAUAGUGAAGCACAAGUUGAGAUCAUCUCUACUGAUGAUAGCAGACCAGCAGCUCUCCGGAUCAAGUCUCUUGAAAAGAAAUAUUCAUUUAUUGCAAGAGAAGACCACGGGGCUCCAGAGAGUAGACCAGAAUGGAUAGGGGGGUUAUUCGAUUUCUGGAAUGAUAUUUCUCUAGCCUACCUUUCAGUCUUCUGCAGCUUCUGUGUUUUUGGGUGGAACAUGGAGAGGCUUGGGUUUGGUAACAUGUAUGUUCACAUCGUGACUUUUCUUCUAUUCUGCACGGCUCCUUUCUUUAUUUUUAACUUGGCAGCGGUCAAUAUUAAUAAUGAUGCUAUUCGAGAGGCAUUGGGAAUUGCUGGCAUUUUACUUUGUCUUUUUGGCUUGCUGUAUGGUGGCUUUUGGAGGAUUCAGAUGAGGAAGAAAUUUCACCUUCCUGGAAACACCUUUUGCUGUGGUCAUCCCUCAGCGACUGAUUGUUUUCAGUGGCUUUGCUGUUGCUCAUGUUCUCUUGCUCAGGAGGUGAGGACAGCAGACUAUUAUGAUGUUGUGGAAGAUAAGCUUUGUAUGAAGCAAACCAGUGAUGAUAACCAGCUUGCAUUGUCUCCUUUGCCCAAUGAAGACGGGUUGCCUCUAUUCAAAUCCACCCCUAGUUCUCCUUACAGGGGAAAUUCCAGUCCAUCUCUUUUCAAGAUGGAAUACUCAUCAAGUCCCGGCAGGUUUUCAGGUGGGCAUACUCCAGACAGGCAUUUGCCUGCAGUAAAGGAGGGUUCAUCUCUGGAAAAGGAAGAUGAUGAAAUGAGACCACCUGUUCAAGAUGUUAUAGAAAAAGAAGAUACUCGGGCACCAUAGUUUGUGGAAUAAGAGAAUUGUAAUUUUGAGUGUAUUCUAGUCAAAACUGUUUUUGUUUCUGCAAUUUCUUCUCACUGUAUGGAAUUUCUAUAUUGUGUUGCAUGAAAUGGAAGUGAUCGAGUUUCAAUAUUUUGAUC